CCUUGAGGUCCGCGGUGGUAAGUGAUGAUUCUUAUGUCUGUCUGUCUGUCUGUCUGUCUGUCUGUCUGUCUGUCUGUCUGUCUGUCAUAGAAUAUGAUGUUGGGCGUGUGAGAUGCCGCCACGUCCCGUAUCUGCGCCCGAUUCUCAAUAGUCGUUUUGAGGCAUUUGACGACGCGCUGAUCUGUUUUGAGACUCGGGCAUCGUCAACGAUUUCGACGCGUCUGCGAUGGAUGGUGUGGUAUAUCAAGUAGACGUGCCCACCCUGCUUCCUGCCUUGCAUCGUCGCGUUGGACUCGCAUCACUCACUACACAACACAACACAACGCCAUCGCAAGUUGCGAUAUCCGGAAAAAGAAACAAAAAAGAAAAUCAUGCUUCUCAUCACACUCCUCUCCUCCAGCGCGCUCGCUCACGCCGCUGCCCUCGCAUACCCAGCCGACCCACCACCACCACCAUCCUCCACACCCACAUCCACACCCUCCUCAAUCUCAUCCUCUCCCUCAUCCUCACCCUCCUCCAAACCAUCCUCCUCCUCCUCCUCCAAAUCCACCCCCACCCCAAACCCCCAAAAACUCACGCACCCAACCCCCUACACCCCCUACGACACAAACACCUCCCCCCUCGACCCCCUCUGCACAAACCCAGACUCAAACACCACAACCACCGCCUCCCCCCUCUGCCACACCCCCAUCUGCGCCCUCUCCCCACUCAGCACACCCCGCCACGCCCCAACACACACCCACUGCGCCCUCGCCCUCGCCGGCAUAGUACGCAUCCCCGACGCCGUGAACGGCGAAGACGCAUUCGCACGGCUAGACUACCUCAGCUGGGACACCGGAAACGGAAACGGAAACGGGGCAAACAGGACCUGCACGCCACAACUCGAAGCAUAUGGCGCGGACGCACGCAGCCGUGUGCCGUGGUGGCGGUUCAGUGCGUGUGGGGCGGGGGUGGAUGUUGAGGGGGGUGCGGAGAGGGUGUAUGUGCGUGGGGUGCGAGGGGGGCGUGUGGGGGGAGGGGUGACGGGGGAUGUGAGGGUUGUGGUUGAGGAGGCGAGGGUGCGGAAUUGCUGUUUGAAUUUUGAGAGGGCUGUGGAUGUGCCUGGGUGGCCGUUUUGUGGUAUUAAGACUCUAGAAGAUAUUAGAGAAUCUAUUAAGGAUAGAGAUGUCAAGUCUUAG